GCUAAACAAGGCAUUGGCAAUACUUUCGAGAAGACAAGUAAAAAAACGACGAAGGAGCAAAUGUCCUGCGCAUCAUUGUGAAAUGGCCUGGUUUCAUCAUGUUAUGCAAGAUGCCUGCCAACCACAGUUGUCUUCGGUAAACGACCUCAAGUGCGAUGGCCAUGAAUGCCACAAGUCAAACCCUAGUACAAAUGUACUAGUAGAUCUAUCUGAUGGACAAAGUUGUCUCCAGUCUUCAAAUAUAUACUUUGAUGAUGCAUCACAGAGCGUGGUAUUGCCAAGCCUGGGAGAGCUUUCGUGUAUUUCUUCCUUUAACCUUGGGCUAAGCGAUGGUCCUGUUCCCUUAUCUUAUGUGACUCUUCAGGAACAGCGUUGUGUGUUAAACUGGUUUUUUGGCUGGGGUCCUUCUCAAAGAAAGCGAUUUCUAGAGGACCUGAUUUCAAAGGCAGUACCAAGAAAAGUUAGCAGCCUUUUGGAGCAACUCAAUACAUUACAGGUAAAGGACCGCCCACCCAACAUUUUCGAAUGUCAAAUAAGGCUGUGGACCCAGUGGUUUGAGUCAUGGAGCGAAGAGGAGAGAAAUGCAUUCUUGACCAAUCUGGAAGAAAAAGAUCCAAAUUUUGUUGCUCAGUUUUUUAGAGAAUUAGCUAGUACUGCAGGAAAUUAUUAAAAAAUGCUAAAAGGUCACAUUAAGGAAAGGCUUUUUACAAAACCUUUCCUGUUAAUUCGACAUUGUUGUCAUUUUAUGUUGAUCAUUUCUGUGAAUUUGAUUGUGCCCCUGUGUAUGUCAAGUCACAGAAAAAAGUUUGUUAACCACUAAUAUACACUCUUUCUCUUUACUUUUUUUUUUUUUUACAUGUGUCUUUCCAACAAAAUUAGAAUUUGUAGUAAAUUUGUUUUCAUUCACAAAUAUUGUUACCUGUUGAAAACAUGAAUAAAAUUAACUGGAAAAGA